CCCCCGCCGCCGCGGCGCCCGGAGCCGGAGCCGGAGCCGGAGCCCGUCGGAGCCCAGCGAUGCCGCGCCGCUCCGCGCCCCCCGCCGCCCGGCCGCUGCCGCCGCUGCUGCUGCUGCUUCUGCUGUGCGGCCGCCGGGGCUGGGCCGCGCGAGUCAACAAGCACAAGCCGUGGCUGGAGCACACCUAUCACGGCAUCGUCACCGAGAACGACAGCACGGUGCUGCUGGACCCGCCGCUGAUCGCCCUGGACAAAGACGCACCUCUCCCCUUCUCAGAGAGUUUUGAGGUCACAGUCACCAAGGAAGGUGAGAUUUGUGGCUUUAAAAUUCAUGGACAGAAUGUCCCGUUUGAUGCAGUCGUAGUGGAUAAGUCCACUGGUGAGGGAAUGAUUCGCUCAAAAGAGAAACUGGACUGUGAGCUGCAGAAAGAUUACACCUUCACCAUCCAGGCCUAUGACUGUGGCAAGGAGCCUGAUGGCACCAGCGUGAAAAAGUCUCACAAAGCUACGGUCCACAUCCAGGUGAGCGAUGUGAAUGAAUAUGCACCGGUGUUCAAGGAGAAGUCUUACAAGGCCACGGUCGUGGAGGGGAGGCAGUACGACAGCAUUCUGAGAGUGGAAGCCAUGGACGCAGACUGCUCCCCACAGUUCAGCCAGAUCUGCAGCUACGAGAUCGUCACCCCAGAUGUGCCCUUUGCCAUUGACAAGGACGGCUCCAUAAGAAACACAGAGAAACUAAACUAUGAGAAAGAGCAUCAGUACAAGCUGACCGUCACUGCCUACGACUGUGGGAAGAGAAGGGCACCAGAGGAUGUCUUGGUGAAGAUCAGCAUCCAGCCCACAUGCUCCCCGGGCUGGCAAGGAUGGAGCAGCAGGGUCGAGUAUGAGCCUGGCACAGGCGCCCUGCCCCUCUUCCCAAACAUCCACCUCGAGACCUGCGAGGAGCCUGUGGCUUCGGUGCGGGCGACCGUGGAACUGGAGACGGGCCACAUCGGGAAAGGCUGUGACCGCGACACUUACUCUGAGAAGUCCCUUCACCGGCUCUGUGGUGCUGCGCCAGGCACUGCCGAGCUGCUCCCUCCCCCUAGCAGCUCCUCCAACUGGACCGCGGGGCUCCCCACCGACAAUGGCCACGACAGCGACCAGGUGUUUGAGUUCAAUGGCACUCAGGCUGUGAGGAUCCCAGAUGGCGUGGUCUCUGUCAGCCCCAAAGAGCCUUUCACAGUUUCUGUGUGGAUGAGGCACGGGCCCUUUGGCCGGAAGAAGGAGACUGUUCUCUGCAGUUCGGAUAAGACAGAGAUGAACCGACACCACUACUCACUUUACGUUCAUGGCUGCCGGCUCGUUUUUCUCCUCCGUCAGGAUCCUUCUGAAGAGAAGAAAUACAAAGCUGCAGAAUUCCACUGGAAGCUGAACCAGGUCUGUGACGAGAAGUGGCAUCACUAUGUCCUCAACGUGGAAUUCCCAAGCGUAACUCUCUACGUGGAUGGCACUUCUCACGAGCCCUUCUCUGUGGCUGAAGACUACCCACUGCAUCCGUCCCGGAUAGAAACUGAGCUGGUGGUUGGGGCUUGCUGGCAAGAGUACUCAGGAGUUGGGAAUGACAGUGAGACCGAGCCUGUGCCUGUGCCUGUGCCUGUGCCUGUGGCCUCUGCAGGUGGUGACCUGCACAUGACCCAGUUCUUCCGUGGUAACCUGGCUGGCCUGACCAUCCGUUCUGGGAAACUCGCAGAUAAGAAGGUGAUCGACUGUCUGUACACCUGCAAGGAGGGGCUGGACCUGCAGGUCCCCGAAGACAGUGGCCACAGCGUGAAGAUCCAGGCCGACCCCAGCCAGUCAGCAUUGACCUUGGAGGGAGAAGACAUUGGGGAACUGGAAAAGGCCAUGCAGCAUCUUUCUUACCUGAACUCCAGACAGUUCCCCACACCCGGCAUCAGGAGGCUGAAAAUCACCAGCACGGUCAAGUGCUUUAACGAGGCCGCCUGCAUCUCAGCCCCUCCGCUGGACAGCUGUGUGGUGGUGCUGCAGCCAGAAGAGCCCAGGAUCAGCCUGAGUGGCAUCCACCACUUUGCCAGAGCAGCUUCUGAAUUUGAAAGCGCAGAGGGAGUCUUCCUCUUCCCCGAGCUUCGCGCCAUUAGCACCGUCACAAGAGCGGUGGGGCCUGAAGGGGAUGGAGAUGAGGACCCCACAGUUCAAGAGUCGCUGGUAUCUGAGGAGGUUGUGCAUGACCUGGAUUCUUGUGAGGUCACAGUGGAGGGAGAAGAGCUGAACCCUGAACAAGAGAGCCUGGAGGUAGACAUGGCCCGCCUGCAACAGAAGGGCAUUGAAGUGAGCAGCUCUCAUCUGGGCAUGACUCUCACAGGCGUGGGCACCAUGGCCAGCUACGAGGAGGCCUUGCAUCUGCUGCGUUACCGGAACUGGCACACCAGGUCCCUGCUCGACCGGAAGUUCAAGCUCACGUGCUCAGAGCUCAAUGGCCGCUACGUCAGCAAUGAGUUUCAGGUGGAGGUGAACGUCCUCCACACGGCCAGACCCGUGGAGCACGCCAGCCACAUGGCCGCCCAGCCGCAGUUCGUUCACCCUGAGCACCGCGCCUUUGUGGACCUCUCAGGUCACAACCUAGCCAGCCCACACCCGUUCGCAGUGGUCCCCAGCACGGCGACUGUGGUGAUCGUGGUGUGCGUCAGCUUUCUGGUUUUCAUGAUCAUCCUGGGCGUGUUCCGGAUCCGGGCUGCGCACCAGCGCACCAUGCGGGACCAUGACUCGGGGAAGGAGAACGAGAUGGACUGGGACGACUCUGCCUUGACCAUCACUGUGAACCCGAUGGAGACUUACGAGGACCAGCACAGCAGUGAGGAGGAGGAGGAGGAGGACGACGAAGAGGAGGAGAGUGAGGACGGAGAGGAAGAGGACGACGUCACCAGCGCGGAGUCCGAGAGCAGCGAGGAGGAGGGGGGGCACCGGGCCCGGCAGAGGGGGAGCCAGCCCCAGCAGCUGGAGUGGGACGAUUCCACCCUCAGCUACUGAGCCGCCGAGACUCCCGCCACCUGGCUCUGGCUCGCGUCUCAGCCCAGCCCAGGGUCCACGACAUACAGAGUCCUGUGGCCAGCAGGUCUCGGACCUCCCCGUCGCCCACCCGUGCUUGCUGUGUGGGACCAUAGACGCCCCCACCCACCCCAGCCCAGCCCAGCCGAGGCCUUUAAGUUAUGUGAGAGCUGACACCCGCACUGCCCCACCUGCCCGCCCCGUGCCCCACCGCCCCUCUGGGAAGGCUGCGCCGGCUGGACUCCCUGCCCACUCUCACCCGGUAACUUUUUCUUUUCCCAACUAGUGCAUGUAUAAAAUGGCAGAAUGGGGGUUAACAUGUAGCUGAUGAACUGACUUUUUAAUAUUUUGUAAAUAAACCGGGACUCCCGCGUCCUCUGUGCUAGUGUGCCCCAGGCCUGGAAUGUGAAGUCGGAGCAUCGAGGCAGGGCAGUUCCUGUGGGCCCUGCUCGCCAGCGUCCCGGGCUCCUGUGCUUCCGGCCUGCGCUGGGGCACCGGGCCUAGACGUGGGCGCCCCGAAGGUGAGGAGCCCCCUGGGAGGCUGGAACGGAUAGGCCUCCUCUUGGGGUUCCCUCCUGGGCUCACCUGGCAGAGGGCCGGGGUGUGGCCACCGCUCACCGUGCACGGAGCCGGGGCCUCCCUAGAGCCGUUUCCUGCCGGCACAGUCUGCCUGACACUGGACGGCGGCUGCCCGGGUGCGGGCACGCAAGGCCACCUUGCUGGAAGGACUCGCCCGCUAGCUGGUUUGCCCGCAAAGGGCCCGCAAUCUGCUUUCUCCUCCCCGGAGCCCCAGGGCUAGACCCAGCCUGGCGAGGAGGCCACAGGUGUGCGGGAAGGUCGGGAAAGGAGGAGCGGCCCCAACUGCACUGUUUCCAACGUGCACGUGAGAUUUCUCCAUCUAAAGCCGAGGGGGAAUGAUCUGAGUUUGCAGAUUCCGCCAGCUGUCCCGUGUCCUGUCGCCACCCUCCCGUGAACUGCACCGGAGCUGCCGCGUAGCCGGUGGGCAGAUGCUACUGGGAGGUCGAGGCUGCGGGGCCUCCAUUCCAGACGUGUGUGGACGAUAGGUCCGAGUGUGUAGCCUCAAUAAAGCUCGGUUCUAACGCA